GGCCUGCCCUCGCUUGGCGGUUAUGGCGAUUUCUACGAUGUUGCCUUCAAGGUCAUGCUGGUGGGGGACUCAGGUGUAGGGAAGACCUGCCUGCUGGUGCGCUUCAAGGAUGGGGCUUUCCUGGCUGGGACCUUCAUCUCCACCGUGGGCAUCGACUUUCGGAACAAAGUUCUGGACGUGGAUGGCACGAAGGUGAAGUUGCAGAUCUGGGACACUGCUGGCCAGGAGCGGUUCCGCAGCGUCACCCACGCCUAUUAUCGUGAUGCACAUGCACUGCUACUGCUCUAUGAUGUCACCAACAAGGCUUCCUUUGACAACAUCCAGGCCUGGCUGACUGAGAUCCAGGAGUAUGCCCAGCACGACGUGGUGCUCAUGCUGCUCGGGAACAAGGUGGACUCUGCCCAGGAGCGUGUGGUGAAGAGGGAGGACGGUGAGAAGCUGGCCAAGGAGUAUGGGCUGCCUUUCAUGGAGACCAGUGCCAAGAUGGGCCUCAAUGUGGAUCUGGCCUUCACAGCGAUAGCAAAGGAGUUGAAGCAGCGCUCCAUGAAGAGCCCCAGCGAGCUCCACUUCCAGCUGCACGACUAUGUCAAGAGGGAGGGCCGCAGGUCCUCCUGCUGCAGACCCUGAACCUGGCUGGGUACAGCUCCUGGAAAGCUGGUCUACAGGGCCCUCUGACUUGUCACCCAGCUCUCAAUCCCAGGGUUUCCAGGACUCU